UCACGCUGCUGACACGACCAUUUCAACAUCAACGCAAUAGUGGUAUCGAUCCCCACGCCACAGCGCGUGUGAGUGGGAUGCUGGUGUGCAGGUCGCGGGGCAAAAGGACGCAGCUGUCACAUGAAGUCCGCUCCCUUAAGGCUGUGGCCCUAAAAUGGGACUCAGGUGUUAGUACGGAACCUCGAGCUCGCAGUCUGUACAUUCAAAGUCGUAAGUCUUGCUGUUUUUGACUGAGCUCGUCACCGGGGAGACGGUAGUUUAGGAAAGGCCUCUCGAUCCGAAGUGUGGUGGAUGUCCGAGGAGAUUUCAUUGAAGAGUUUAAAAGUCAAUUUGUGCACUUUUUUCCAAGGUGCACUUUUUUUUCUAAAGGAAGACUCCAUUCAGCAUGACAACCGACGUGGUUACACCAAAGACGGGAAUGGACGCCCGGAGACAUUUGGAAGUUGCCCCGGUCACCACAAAGGAGACGGGUCUAAACCCCAACGCCAAAGUGUGGCAGGAGCUCCCCGCCCACCAGAAUGCCACCACGGAGGGGCCAGACCAUUCCUUUUGGCUGCAGUCGUAUCCUCCUGACCCUGACGUGACAGAAGACGUGGUUUCUUGCGGGGGGAAAGGGUGCACGCCUGGCUUUCCUGCCCACAGCGAGUAUGCUACGGAUAUAUGCUUUGACGCGGGACAUUUAGCCGGCAGCCCCCAAAGCCCCCCAGCUGUGAACCCCACACAAGAACAAGCCACACCUGAGAGUCUACGAGCUUCUCUAAAGAAACAGCUGGAGUUCUGCUUUUCCAGGGAGAACCUGUCACAUGACCAGUACCUGAUAUCCCAGAUGGACGGUGACCAGUUUGUACCCAUCUGGACCAUCGCAUGCAUGGAGGACGUCAAAGCCCUCACCACUGAUAUGGACCUCCUCCUGGAUGUCCUUCGAGAAUGCCCAGCGGUUCAAGUGGAUGAAGCCGGAGAAAGAGUGCGUCCGAAUCACAGUCGCUCCAUUAUUAUCCUGCGAGAGGUUCCAGAGACGACCCCGGUAGAGGAAGUGGAGGCCCUCUUUGAAAGCCAACACUGCCCACGUGUGUUAAGUGCUGAAUUUGCCCACAACAGCAACUGGUACAUCACCUUCCAGUCCGAUAUGGAUGCACUUCAGGCCUACAGAUACCUGCGGGAGGAGGUGAAAGUCUUCCAGGGAAAACCAAUCAUGGCUCGCAUCAAAGCCAUCAACACCUUCUUUGCUAAGCCUGCCUUCACCGCUCCGGACUCCAUGUACAGCCAGCAUGGCCCACACCCACCUCCGUAUGCCUCACCUGUGUACGUGCAGCAGGUAUACAGCGCUCAGCAGCAGUACCCCAUCUAUCAGACCAUGGUCCAGUCCUGGAACCCCACGACCACCCCUUAUUUCGAGACUCCUCUGGCACCGUUCCCUAACAGUGGAUUCAUGACGGCGUACAACAGCGUGGGCAACUACAAAGCAAACUCCAUCUCCAAUCCAGUUGGGAGCAGAAGCCGCAAUCACAUCAAAGCUCAGUUUAGGCCUGCAAAUGCACUGCUUUCUCCGCCUUUGGCUCCUCCCGCUCUGAUGGAUGGCCAUUUGGCUCCUUUCAGCUCACAGCCCUUCCUCGCACCAGGAAGCACUUCGGGUGGCCUGGCCUCCCUGAGCCCUAAAAAUACUCCUGCAAAGGCCACCACCCCCGCCGGAGAGCUGAGCAGGAGGAGUAGCACCUACAGGGGCAUGAGGAGGAAAAGAGAUGAUGAACAGAACACGAGGGCCGUCCCUGUGAUGGAAGUGGAGAUGCCUCCUCCACCAAAGUUGGACCUGGCGGCUUCUAACUUCCCGCCACUGCCGGGAUGUGUCGUCAGCCUGGCAGAGGAGACCACACCUGAGAUGCGUCUUUCUGAUGUCGUACGUGGUAUAAAACUGCUGGCCAACAAUGUCCAUAAAGUCACACAGUCAAACAUCUCAGAUCUUCCAUCAACAAGUCCGACAGGCCCAGAUGUGAAGGCGACUGAUGUGCUUCCACAAACACCAGCAGUGCCUGCCACUAGCCUUUCUUCCCCAGUAAAGGAGGCGGAUAAGGCUGAUGCUGCUACGCCAAAGGACACAUUAGCAGCCAUCAAUCCACCCACGCCUCCAGAACCUGAAUCCACCUGUAGCUAUGCUGACCCAAGUCCCACCUCAGAACAGGAGCCAAGAAAGCUGAGCUACGCCGAAGUGUGCCAGCGGGCGGCAAAGGAUGUACCACCAGCACACGCCCCCGCCUCUACGGCCGUGCAGCCCCUUCAGGAGUUGAAGGUCAACAGAGGGGAGGACCCCCGGGCCGACAAGAGGCACAUGGCAGAUAAAUCAGAGAAAGGUGGAAACGCCAGCCCUCCUCGUCAGGCCUCGCGCUCCUUCACUGGCUUCAGUCGCCCCUUCAGAAGCGGCGGUGGAGGGCUGAAGACUCGUGAGCAUCCCUUGGGGGAGAAUAAAACUUUUUACCCCCAGCGCGGAAUCCGAAGGAGCGGCAAGGAGCAGAACAUUCCCCCAGUGUCACCAAAAUGACUCCCAAGUGAGGCACAGGACGUGUGUAAAUAUGUCAUCCUUUUUAGGGGAGCAAUGUGGACAGGAAGACAUGGAUUCAUAGAUUGGCCUCAGCUUGUCGAUUAUUCCCCUCAGCAGCCACACGUGCUUCACACACCCUCACUCCUUUGAGGAGCACCCCCCUCACGCCCAAGUUAACAUCCCACUCAACUUUCCAGUACAACUCAUCCCUUGUCCUUUUGAAGCACGGACAAACACACACGCACGUCUGCUGUCUGUGUGACAGUGCUGAUGCAGUGAUAUCAUACAUACAGUGCUGAUACAUUGCCGAUGCAGUGAUAUGAUUAUAGCUGGUGCAUGGUGAGACUUGAUGAAUAGUGGGUGCUGCUUGGUUUCCAGAGUAUAAAGCCGAGCUAGCUACAGCAGCACUUCAAUAUGUUGCGUUACACGGUGUUCCCAGCACCACUCCUCAGCUCUGCCGAGAGAGAAGCAAACCUACUUCACCGUUCUUAUAUCAGAAGGCAAUAUUAGCAUCUACUUCCAGAAGCUGCACUGCAAGCAUCAUGGCAUGUCUUCCUCGUUUAGCCACAUGGCGUUUAAGCUGCAGGGUUUCCGGCAAUCCACUCUGUGAGGGACCAGGACUUAUGCUGGCUAGAAGUUGGGACUUGUGCUAAAAGCCAACUUCCAUGACGUUGUAGGAACAGACAUGGAUGUGUAUGGAGCGUUGGGAUGGGUGCCUGCUCAUGUUAUUCCCACAAGCCAGCCGUCUCCACGUGACAAUGACGUGUGCUCAGGAACACGUCCUUUCCUCAGCCGAUGUCCACCCUCCUGUCGCACGGAGACCCAGCAUGGGGCUGAACGGCCAGCACACUUCACAUUAUUGCCUUGGUGCCUUGCCGGAGACAAGCACGCCACCUGCUGGCCAAGCGUGUUGAGUACAGAGAUUCCAAGGUGAUGUGGAACAUCUCGCUGAUGAAACGGGGUCAUAGAUGCUAAUAGCAGGAUUAUGCAUGCUAGUAAAUGCUGAUUCCUAAGGAAAAGUAUACAUGUCUGCUACAUAGCUCGUCGUCUGGCUUUCUGUGCUGUCCUAGACACUCAGAUUAUGUCGUUAAUAUAUAAAUCCAGCAGAUACAUAGAUGUUAAUAUUUUCAUUUGACUGUCUUAAUCCUGAGACGUAUCAUGCUAGGUGGAUUUCUAGGAGGGUUUUUAAUCUGUCUCGUCUGUGUCACUGUAAGUGGACUGGGGCUGUGGGAUUGUCCAUGGACUUGGAUGUUGGUUUUCAUCAUUUGGAAACUUUAUCUAGUGCCUUCGUGGUGUUUGCAUGAAUCGGUUUGCAUUUGGAAACGUAAAGCACACUCCUAUGUCCCAAUGUGUUUUCAUAGGGGUCUGAUUGUAUGUUCACACUACGAUACCACUUCUGUUUCACAUGCAAUGAAUGAAUGACGUUGAAAUUGUGGUUUACUUUAUUGGUUGAUAGAUGGCCCUUAUUGUGUAAAUUAAAGUUCUAUCAGUGGACAACAA